AUGGGUCGCUACUCCUCUGAAACAGAAAACCCAUCUAAAUCUUGCAAGGCACGCGGGGAUAAUCUUCGUGUUCAUUUUAAGAAUACCCGUGAAACCGCUAUGACCUUAAAAAACAUGCAUAUCCACAAAGCUAUGAGAUUUUUGAAAGAUGUGAUGAACAAGAAGCAAAUAGUACCUUAUCGACGAUUUAAAGGAGAUGUUGGUAGAAAAGCCCAGUGUAAAAAUCAUAAGAUUACUACUCAAGGUCGUUGGCCAAAAAAGAGUGCUGAGUUUCUACUGCAGCUACUGAAGAAUGCUGAGAGUAAUGCAGCCGUUAAGGGCUUAGAUGUUGAUUCCUUAGUGGUAGGUCACGUUCAAGUUAAUCAAGCUACUCACAUCAGAAGAAGGACUUACCGUGCUCAUGGUCGUAUUAAUCCGUAUAUGAGCUCGCCUUGUCAUGUCGAAAUGAUUCUGACUGAACGUGAACAGGUUGUACCUAAGGGCGAGGAAGUGGAAACAAAGAAGAAAGUUUCCAAGAAGAAGCUAGCUCGUCAAAAAAUGAUGCAACGAGAUUAAUUAACGCUGUUCUG